AUGGGAUGUGUGGUUCGUUUUCACUAUGGCCAUCCAGAUAUAUUUGACAGGCUGUUUCACCUGACCAGAGGUGGUGUCAGCAAAGCUUCCAAAAUCAUCAAUCUAAGCGAGGACAUAUUUGCAGGUUUCAAUUCUACACUACGUGGGGGCAAUGUUACUCAUCAUGAGUACAUACAAGUGGGAAAAGGCAGAGAUGUGGGCCUUAACCAGAUCUCACUUUUUGAAGCAAAGAUUGCCAAUGGAAACGGAGAGCAGACAAUGAGUCGUGACAUAUAUAGGCUGGGACAUCGGUUUGAUUUCUUCCGCAUGCUGUCAUGUUACUUCACUACUGUGGGAUUCUAUUUUAGUACCUUGAUAACUGUGCUUACAGUCUAUGUAUUUCUCUAUGGUCGUCUUUAUCUCGCUCUCAGUGGGCUUGAAAAAGGAUUGAUUACCCAGCCAGCUAUUCGGAACAAUAAGGCUCUUCAAGUAGCUCUUGCUUCUCAGUCUUUUGUACAAAUUGGAAUUUUGAUGGCAUUGCCUAUGAUGAUGGAAAUAGGUCUUGAAAGAGGUUUUCGUAAUGCAUUGAGUGAUUUUGUACUGAUGCAACUACAGUUGGCUCCUGUAUUUUUUACGUUUUCUCUUGGAACGAGGACCCAUUACUAUGGAAGGACCUUGCUUCAUGGGGGUGCACGAUACAGAGGUACUGGUCGUGGAUUUGUUGUGUUCCAUGCCAAGUUUGGAGACAACUAUCGGUUGUACUCCCGGAGCCAUUUUGUCAAGGGAAUUGAACUUAUGAUUCUACUUCUUGUGUACCAUAUAUUUGGUAAUUCAUAUAGAGGUGUAGUUCCUUAUAUAUUGAUAACUGUAUCAAUGUGGUUCAUGGUGGGAACAUGGCUUUUUGCUCCCUUCCUCUUCAAUCCCUCAGGGUUUGAGUGGCAAAAGAUUGUUGACGACUGGACAGAUUGGAAUAAGUGGAUAAGCAACCGUGGAGGGAUUGGUGUGCCGCCAGAAAAAAGUUGGGAAUCCUGGUGGGAAAAGGAACAAGAGCAUCUUCGUCAUUCUGGGAAGCGGGGUAUCAUUGCAGAGAUAUUUUUGUCAUUGCGGUUUUUUGUAUUUCAGUAUGGACUCGUCUAUCACUUGUCAUUGACGAAGAAAACUCAAAGCUUUCUGGCUGCGUCAGUGGGUAGGCGAAGAUUCAGUGCUAAUUUUCAGCUUGUCUUUCGAUUGAUCAAGGGCCUCAUCUUCCUAGCAAUUGUCGCUGUUCUGAUCACUUUAAUUGCACUUCCCCAUAUGACAUUUCAGGACAUCAUAGUUUGCAUUCUUGCAUUCUUGCCAACCGGAUGGGGUUUGCUUCUGAUUGCACAAGCAUUGAAGCCUCUGGUUCAACGUGCUGGACUCUGGAGUUCAGUUCGGACGCUUGCACGUGGUUAUGAAAUAAUCAUGGGGUUAGUUUUAUUCACCCCAGUUGCAUUCUUGGCUUGGUUCCCAUUCGUUUCGGAAUUCCAGACACGUAUGCUGUUCAACCAAGCGUUUAGCAGAGGUUUGCAGAUUUCACGUAUUCUAGGUGGACAAAAGAAGGAUAAAUCCUCCAGCAACAAAGAGUGA